CAUCAGGGUGGGAACACUGGAAAAAAUGUUGGCACAGAGGGAGCUGCAGCUAAUGAGUUUACUGGAGGAGCGUAACUCUGUACAGGCAGAGAAGGACAGCCUGAAGAUGGAGCUGCAGCACCUUGAAAGGCAGCACUACAAGGAGCUGGUGGAGGCACAGAGGAAAGCUGAUGCACUGAUGGUGCAAGAACUAAGCAUUCAGAGGCAACAACUGGAUAAAGAGAAAGAUGAAGCUUUGAAUUCACUCUGGACACGUCUUACUCAGGAGCACACUGAGGAGUUGUGCCGUCUGAAAUAUGCUCAUUGGACUGAGGGAGAAGCAGCAGCAUCUCUCCACAGGGAGCUGAAGGCCAAAGAUCAGGAGCUGAGGCAACUUCAGAUGAGUAUGGAUGAGUGGAAGCAGCAGACCACAGCUCACCUUGCAGACAGCGUUACAGAGAAACUCAUCCCUGAACUGGAAAGUUGCAAGUCAAAGCUGAUAAGUUGCAGAAAUGCCUCAAAGAUUAAAGAAGCAAGUCCUGAUGGAAUGAUGCAUGGUGCAAAGGAAUCUCUGGAAGCUGUUUGCUCUCACUUGCAUCAUGCAAUAGUCUGUGCUGCUGGACACAUCCACUCAGACGUCUCUGUGUUUAAGCUUCUUUGCGACCUGCAGAGCAGAGUGAAGCAGCUCCUGAUAGAAAAUCAGGUCGUCCCAGACAUGCUGAACAGAAACUUUCUGAAGUAGAGGUUAAAGGCUAUAUGAUUCUGCAUGUAAAAAGCUGUGCUGUUGAAAGCAAAACUAUGUACACCCCUUAGACUUUUCUGUAUUUUGUUACUUUAAUGACCGACUUGGUGGCUGUGGCGUAAUUGGUAAAGCAACCCAAAAGCUGUGAGUUCAAUAACACCUUCCUCGUGCAACAUACUGAAAUGCUUUCAGAGAAGACACUUAAUCCCAAGUUGCCUACAGAUGUAUUUAUGAGUGUGAACACGUGGCUCCUAUAACUAGAUCUAGUGUAAAGUGUUGAGAAAUGUCAUUAUUCUAGAAAAUCGAUAUUUUUAAUUGGGAUAUUAUGAUGACCAACACAAAUAUUUGUGAGGAGGAAAGAAAGGGACACCAUUUGCUUACAAAUUAAGAGGAGCAAAGUAUGAAUUAAAUCCCAUAUUAAAACAUCCUUUGGGCUAUCCUUCUAUGAAUAUAGUAUUUAUAUUAUCUUUCACAUAUUUUAAAGCCAUCCUAUUACAUCUACAUGUGAUAGAAGAAUAAAAAGCAGGUCACCGUGACAUGAGGCGGCAUGAGGCAAUGAGGUCACAUUCAUGAACUCUCAUUCACUCUCUUUUAUGACCUGUUGAGAAACUGAACUGUGAAUGAGUGGUGAACUGUAACCAAAAUCAUCUGACUUUUGUUAAAUAAGCUAAUAAAGCUGUCCUGUACUUGAGGA